CUCUCCUCCUCCAUCUCCCAUCCUUGCACCGCUCGCACCCCACCUGGCCACCGUGCCGCGCCCUCUCCCGCGCCGUCGUGGCCUCUGCGCUGCCCUGCCUGCCGCUGCUGCGGCUCGCAGCCUCGGCAUCGCCGGCAGCCUCUUCGCCCGCGCCCUCCACUCGCCAGCCGGGGCAGGGGGCGUCGCCUGCUGGCACGGCCUGGCCUGACACACUGCACGCCGUGCUCCGUCGCUUCUAGCGACGCAUACAUUUAGCAUCGUACAUUCCCCACACUCACAUCAUGGUCGCACCCACGGUGCCCGCGCCGCGCAGCCCGCUCGUGCCGCGCGAGCUCAGCGAGGCCAGCGGCAGCAGCAGCGGCGACAUGCGGCACACCAAGCGCACCGCCUCGCUCUCGCCCUCGCCGCUCCUCUCCUCGCCGGGCCGCUGGCCCUCCGACGCCGUCUCGCCGCGCCGCCUCGCUCCCGCUGCGCACCCGCACUCGCCGCGCGAGACGUCGCCGCUGGCCUCGCCGCCGCGCUGGGGCAGCCAUGCGGCGCCGCGGCGAGCACACAGCGAGCUCAGCGGCCUGGCCGUCGGCAUGAGCAGCAGCAGCGACGGCAGCAACAGCAGCGGCAGCCUCUCCUCGGCGCCGCGCUCCUUUGCACGCAGCGUCUCAAACCCCACGCCGCUUGCUGGUGCCCUGGCUGGCGGCGCACGGCAUCUCUCCGUCUCGCCGCCGUGUGCCUUCAGUCCGUUUGGCAGCAGCAGCGCCAGCAGCAGUCCGAGCUCCUUGGCGCGGCGGCGCAUGUCGACACCCGGCAGUCCGCAGUGCGCCUCGAGCAGCUUCGUAGGCAGCUACGAAGAGUCGCUGCUCUCGGGCCGCAUGUCGAGUGUGCCCUCGCGCCCGCUGCUCUUCGCCGCCGAGCUCGGCGUGCUGGGCGCUGCGGCAGGCAGUGCAGCGCGUCGCUGUCCGCCGCAUGUGGCGCUGGAGUUUCCGGCGCACUUCUACAGCCUCGAGGGCGUCGCGGCGGCGCCGGUAUCGUCGAAGCCCAGCCAGCACAGCCCGUACGUGGGCACCAUCGACCUCGAGGCGCACUACGUCGGCCGCCUGCUCGGCCUCGAUGCGGCGCAGCGCCCGCCCGGCGCAGAUGCGACGGAGCUGCUGGCACGAGCUGCGGCAGAGGCGAAAGCAUCGCACGGAGAAUGGGCGCCGCAUCUCGAAGCGCCUCUCAUGGCCAGCGUCGGCGCUGCUGCACCAGUGCCAGGCCGUAGCGGCAGCGAUGCAGGCGCUGCACCCGUCUUUCCCGGCUACCGCGUGCCGCCGCAAGGACAGGUGCAGCUGAUGAUCCAGAACGCGGAGCGUACCGCCGUCAAGCUCUUUCUGGUGCCGUACGACCUGCGCGACAUGCCGCCGGGUACCAAGACGUUCGUGCGGCAGAAGUGCCUAGCGCUGCCGGCCGUCACUGCACCUGCGUCGCCGGCGGCGCCAGGCUCGCCUCGCUCAUCGCCGGCGGCCAAUGCACGGCAAAGCACAGCUGCAGCGCGUGACACGCUACGCUUUGCUGUGCACCUGCAGUUCUGCUCGCCGCCAGCGACGGCACGGAGCAAGGGCGCGCAGGACAGCGCAGCGGACGGCUCGACGUCUUCGACUCGCACGGCGCCGCGCAUCUAUUUGCACAAGGCGAUCCGCGUCGUCUUCACGGCACGCGCCUGCGACGUGCACGAGCGCACGAGCGUCGUGACGGAGACGCCGGGAGGCUCGCGCCGCGGCGCCGAGAUGUAUGCGCCGUAUGCUGGGCCAGGAGAGACGUGGCGCGAGGCGAGACGGCAGGCUAAGAAGGCGCAGCUGCGCAAGGAGCGACUCGCCGAGGAGGAGGAGGCUUGGAAGCGGCUCAACGGGCCGAUGCCGCGCGACAUUCCGACAGCUGCUUCGCGCGCCGGCACGCCGAUGGAGCUGGACGCUGGACUGCCAGGUGCAGACCGAGGCACUCAGGACAGCGCGGCCGCAUCGCCACUGCCGCCGACGCCGUCGGGCGCUGCCUCAGCCUCGAGCUCCGCUUCCUCGACAGACGACACCGGCAAGCCGCCCUCAACGCCUGUCUGCUUUCCCGCCGCUACGACCGAUGAUGGCCUCUCGCAUCGCGUGCGCCGCAAUGGCGGCCACAAGGUACGCUCCACGCCGCCUGCCGCCAUUGCGGCCGAGACACGCACAGAGGAGCAGGCACGUCCUACAUCGCCGUCGCACGAGCGCGCCUCUGAGGCGCAGCCGCUGCGCGCAGAUAAUGCGCAGGAGAUGGAGACGUCGCGUGACAGAGCACUGCUCGAGGCCUGGUCUGCGACGCUGCGCCGUGCACCGCCGUCCUACGUCGCCACCAGCAGCAGCAACGGCGCCGGUGCACGACCGGCUUCGCCAGCUGGCAUGCGGCCCACCUCACCCACUACUCGUCGUCCACUGUCGCCGCCGAUGCUUCUUCCGGCCACUCAGAGCGGCACUCCUCAUACGUCGCCGCGCAAGGCGCGCAGCAGCAGCAACACCAGUGCGGGCAGCUCCUCGUCUGCCGCUGCCCCGCCGACAUUUGCGACGCAGUCCACGGCAGCGACCUCCACGCCGCACCAGCUGCUCUCGCCCAGCCGCAGUGCCUCGCCGGCGCCGCCUGCGCAGCUGCACGCUCUGCUGGCUCACGGCCUCAUGGCGUCGGUCGAGGACCUCUCGCUCUCGCUCAGCGCGGUGGACGAGGACGCAGCCAGCACAAACGGCGCAGGCGGCACGGCGUCGCGGCCCAGUCUCGGACGCAGAGUCUCGUCGGCAGGCAGUGCCGUGUCGGGCAACGAGAGCGACGGGCGUGCACCGAGCCCCAGCGGCCUUCGCGCCCGCGCUCUCUUGGCAGCGACGCCGAUGCGCGCUCGCAGCGGCAGCGCCGCCGCCGUGCGCUCGUCGCGCGGCGCCCACCAGGACGCAAGUGCAAGCGACGCUGCUGCAGGCCAGAGACGUCUGCGCGCCGGCUCGCUGCUUGCUGUCGGAGCGAGCGAGGAGCAGGCUGAUGCGGCGGGCCGCCGACUCGCCACGGCGAGACAGCGAGGCGCAUCGCUUGGCGAGCCGACUAUCGAGGACCGACAGUGAUGAGGCAUCGCUGAGCAAUACGGCUAUCUUCUCCAGUUCGCAUGCCCACACGGCAGAUCCCUUCACGACCCUUACCACGCGCGACUGACGCUUCCAUUCAAGCCCGUCGCGCUUCAUCCUGAUCUCUAGCGCCUCCUUUUCCAUCCACAUCUCACAUCGUCCCGCUCCUCGACACUGUCUCCACACACGCACCCAUUCAGUCCAUCUCAGCUCAUCGUCAUCAUCACCAAUCAUCCAUCGCAAUGACCAGCCAUCUCCCUCGUGCGCCUCCGCCCUGCCCUGCAGCGCCACACCUU